GUAUCUUUCACCACGUGGGUGCUGUUUAUGGAUCGGCUUUAGGACCCAGCGGCCGCGGCUGACGAGUAGGCAGAGCUCGUGGACUGAAGCGCAGACAAAGGCAGAGAGAGACCGUCUCGCUAUCCUGCAGCAUCCACACCCACCCUUCCAGAUCGUGCGUACGCCGAUUUCUUCAACACUCUAGAACUCCACCACCACCACCACCACCACCAGCCGGCCCUGCUGUUACAGACAUCCCUGUAUCCUCCUUGCCACCAUGGAGCUGGACUUCGGCCAUUUUGACGAGCGAGACAAGACGUCCCGGACCCCGAAGGGGGGGCGGAUGAACGGGCUGCCCAGCCCCACUCACAGCGCCCACUGCAGCUUCUACCGCACGCGCACUCUCCAGGCCCUCACCAACGAGAAGAAGGCCAAGAAGGUGCGCUUCUACCGCAACGGCGACCGCUACUUCAAGGGCAUCGUCUACGCCGUGGCCACCGACCGCUUCCGCACCUUCGACGCGCUGCUGGCCGACCUGACGCGCUCCCUCUCCGACCACAUCAACCUGCCGCAGGGCGUGCGCUUCAUCUUCACCAUCGACGGCUCGCGCAAGAUCACCUCCAUGGACGAGCUGGAGGAAGGAGAGAGCUAUGUCUGCGCGUCAGAGAACUACUACAAGAAGGUGGACUACACGAAGAACGUCAACCCCAACUGGUCCGUGAACGUCAAGGCCUCGGCGAGCCAGAGGAACCUGCAGUCCCUGGCCAGCAGCAAGGCGGCCAAUGAGGUGCGGGAGAGCAAGGACUUUGUGCGUCCCAAGCUGGUGACAGUGAUGCGCAGCGGGGUGAAGCCGCGCAAGGCCGUGCGGGUGCUGCUCAACAAGAAGACGGCCCACUCCUUCGAGCAGGUCCUCACCGACAUCACCGAGGCCAUCAAGCUGGAGAGCGGCGUGGUCAAGAGGAUCUACACGCUUGACGGCAAGCAGGUCACAUGUCUUCAGGAUUUUUUCGGGGACGAUGAUGUCUUCAUCGCCUGCGGCCCAGAGAAAUUCCGCUAUGCUCAAGACGACUUCUCCCUGGACGAGAACGCACACAUCCCCUCUGGAACCAAAUCCAAACCUGCCCAGGGGGGUUAUAAUAACCAAGAAUGCAGGGUGAUGAAGGGGAACCCGAAAGGCAGUGCCCAGAAGAGCUCUGCCAAGAGCCCAGGACCAGUGCGCCGCAGCAAGUCUCCCGCCGAAUCCACCAACGGGACGGGAUCCAGCAGCCAGCUCUCCACCCCCAUCUCAAAGCAGUCCCCCAUCUCUACACCCACCAGCCCUGGCAGUCUCCGCAAGAACAAGGACCUAUACCUGCCGCUCUCCCUGGAGGAUGAAGACUCCCUCGGGGACUCCAUGUAGAGCCCCUCCCCUCCCCCCCUCCCUGCUCCAGCCAGCACCCCGCCCCCCCCCAGCCCGUCCUGUCUCGUCAGCGUGACCUGUCCAUCAUAGAGGUAUCUUUGGUGCUCGCCAUCUCCACGGUUGACUCCGAGCGUCCAGCGGACCCCUCCGUGUCUCUGUCCCCCGUGCCGCACGCUAAGGCUCCCCUGCUCUCUGAAGCACUGGCUGCUCGGGUCUUUUGCUGCUUGAGAAUUCACUCUCGCUUUCCUUUACUUUCUGAUCAUUUAAAGCGAUAUGCGCCAGGCAUGUAUGCUGAACGGCAGUGAGAGAGAUUCGCAUCUCACUAAAACGUGCCCGUUCAUACACGUGAAAAUUUUGAUUGAUUACUCUGUUUCCAAGGCGAUGAAGGUGUGUGUCUAUGUAUGUGUGUGUGCGCGUGUGUGUGCGUGUGUGGAUGCAUAUAAAUGAUAUAUUUAUUCAGUCAUCACACAUUCCUUUCUACAAGGCUUUUAUUGGGCAAAACACAAAUUAUUUCCGAUUUAGUUGUUUCAGAUUUUGCAUGACAUUCAGCUGUAGAAUUCCAAGCAGCAAAUGGAUAUUAUUAAAGGGGUGUAGUAGUCUGACUUGACUAAGAGCUGUUGCAUUAGUAAUUUCAUAUUGUUAUCAUUUCUGUCCACAGCCCAUGGCCCUAUCUAAAAUUAUUAAAAAGUGAUGAAAUUAAUCUGACACCACUCAGAAGGCUCAGCUUGUUUUGUGUAUAUAAUGCAUAGUCAUUAAAUUAUUCCAGCUAACACACAAAGUUCACACCAUGCCGUCCCGGUAUCUCUUGUUGCUACAACAUUUUAGAGAUAUUAUGGGAGAAUUAGGUGCUAGCUGGUAUCACACUGAAGCUGAACUCACUCUGCAGCACCAGCUUGGGACAUUCAAUAAUAUAUAUAAUGCAAAGCACAGCCGCAGUGGCUAAUUACUUUGAAACUCACCCUAUCAUAGAGGCCUGUGGGGAAGAACUUCAGGAGUUCAGGAGUCCUGUUCAUAGAACUUCAAGAGUAAAAACUAAAAACCAAUGGUUGGGCAAGAUAAGAGCUAAGAGGCUACACACCUGUAUCAGUUUGGUAGUAACAAUUGUCAGUCUUACACAAUCUUGUAUGUUUUCAUCACAUCCCAACUGGUAUAAAACACUAACAGUCAAGUGUUUUUAAGGCAGGACUUAAAAGCAUAGGUCACCUCAUGCACACCUCAUGUCACUCUUGUAGCUAUUUCCCAUUCGAUGUCCGCAAGCUUGUGGGGACCACUGGUGCAUAUUUGAUGCGUGUAUUGUCUGUAUGACAUGGUAGUAAGGCAAAAAAAAAGAAAACAAAAAUCAAUCCAAAAGUUUCUAUUUAGCCCACGGCGCAUGGAAAACAUCAAUCUGCAAUGUUUUUGCCAACCACACAAGGAAGUCUACACACAAGGAAGUAUGUGUAUUGUUUUUUCAAAAUUAGUUUAUUUAAUUUGGUUCACAAGAGUACAAUGUUGUUAGCCUUUUGCAAUGUUAUUAGCCACAGGGUUUUUUUUUUCAACAAACACUCCAGUAGAGACAUAAACAUAUGUAAUAUACAUUACCCCAGAGACCUGGAAUGACAACACAUUUUCUCUAAUCACAGAUAUUAAAAAAUGGAAAUCUAAAAAAGGUCAUCGCAAUAGUACACAUGGCAAAGCAACAUCUUUUUUGAGCAAAACCUUUAAGGAUUGUAUUUCGAAAUAAUGUCAAAAAAGAAUAGUUGUACUUUUGUUAAAAUCUCAUGGUACUGCUGAAUUAAUUACAGGAUUCUAUGAAUAUACAGCUGAGUAACGGAGGAACUGAGCCGGUCCUUUUAGAAAUGUUAGUCGGCUUUCCCCAAGAAUAAUGUGAACCAAAAUGGAUAUGCGUUAGGGAACACAUCUCUUGCCCUUUUAAUGAUAAAAGCAACAAACAGUGCAAGUCUUUCCACUACACCCCCCUGUCCCAUUUCCCAUGAGCACUCUUAUGUCGGCACAAUGUGUAUUCCAGCGGCAGGUCGCUUUUUUAAAACAUGUAAAAAGGUAUUUCUGUCAAGUUUUUGGAAAUUUCAAAUGUUUUUAUCUUACUUGUUGUACCAUGUUUUUUGCCCUACAUUUUCUACUGCUUAACAUUAACAGGAAAUGCCAGUUGUUCGUGUCAAGCUACCGCCACCAUGUAAAUGGAAAGUGAGAAUGACUCACCUCCAGUGGUGCCUUUUUUUUUAGGAUAUCUUUUUUGAUAAAGCAAACUGAAACACGAACCAUCCUCUCUGUCUAUGAACAGUUCGUAGCUGUUUGUAUGUCUGGAAUUUUUGGACUAACUUGUGCAGUGUGAGCUUUCACAUUCUGUUUCUUUAGAUAUUGUUUUUAAUGGGACGCUAGGAAGCAAAAUAAUCACGCAGGAUUUUUUUUUUUUUUGUUAAUCUGUGUGUGUUUCUGCUUUUCUGUUAUUGCCGUUCGGGUUGAAUGACAGGGAAAAUCACCUCAGAUGUCCUCUUAAUGCUGUUUGCUCUGUUACAAGUGGCUUCUUUCUAUGUAUUAAUAUAAUCCCUUUUGCAAUUAAAAAGAGUUGUAUUCCACUUUUCUCGGACUGUAUUCAUGUGAAGCCGAAUGCAUUGCUCUGUCUAUACCUGUCUUUUUGGAAUGUGUUGUGUUGUUGUGUCACAUGCUCACCGGCAUCCAUCCAUUCUUCCAUCUUUUCGAUUUUUAUCCGGCUCAUGUCAUCAAAAAUGCUCAUAUUUGGCCAAAAAUCAUGGAAUUCAUCACUUGUUUCUUUGGAUUAUCAGCUUUGUACCCUCCGAAUUUAGGGUGUAUGACCAUUUCCCUGAGUAGAAGAACAUAUAAACAGCCAGACACUUUCAUCAGGACACUGACAGUUUAAUAGCACCUCCUGGCAAUAAUGGACAUAUGACCUUGGGUGUUUCAUUAAUUUGAAUUUAAAAAGGGGAGGCAGCUGGAUAACUGCAUCUUACUUUAAAAAAAAAAGCAACUUUGAUGCUAUUAUUGAAGUUGCCAUGGCAAUUAAACAAAAGCCUGUAUCCUGCUUGUAUCCCAACAUACUCGUCAAUUGAAUGUGAGGUGUGUGUGGAGAAUGCAAAGCAUUUUGCUGGAAACAAGAAAAGGGAAAAUGCCGACACAGCGAAAGAAAAAGGGGGGAAAAAAUGGUAUUACUAUUCUA